CCAUUGACCUUGUAGCUGAUCAAAAGGUUAUUGUAAUUGACGGAGAGGUGCCAAUUGAGGAAGCAUGUGACAUUCUUACGCGAAACAAUAUAUCUUCAGCGCCAGUCUACGAUGCUUCAACGAAGAGUUAUUCGGGCAUGUUUGAUUGGGCUGAUGUUAUGACAUAUUUGUUAAUUGUUCUUAAGAAAAAGGAUGCUUCAAAACAACUAGAGAAAAGUGAUGCUGAGCUAUCUGCUGAAUUUAAUGAUUUAGUGAAAUUGGCGAGCCACUGUCAACCUGUUCCCGUCAAAUUAGCUUCCGACCUUUCAAAGAAAAAUCCUUUUUAUAGUGUACUUCCAGAAACAUCGCUAUUACAAGUUGUUGAGUUGUUUGGAAGUGGAAUUCACAGAGUUGCCGUUGUAGACGCGGAUGGAGUUAUUACCGCAAUUUUCACUCAAUCCACAGUGGAUAAUUAUUUUUAUCAAAAU